GUGCAGCCGUCUCCCCUGCCGAUCCAUCCAUUGUUCCUCCUACCGAGCUCUCAGCCUCUCACACAACUACAACAACGCAAAACAAAAGAGCAUCAAUCAAAAUCCAGCAGAUCAUCAAGAGGAGCAGCAAAUUCAGCUCCAUGGGAGCAGGGAUGAAGCACGCGAGGGAGGAGGAGCCGAUUGUUUCGCUGGCGCUGUCCCUCAGCACGGACUCCUCAGCGUCGACCACGACGUCGGACAGCUCGACCGGUGCGCCGGCGGCAAAGAAGAGGGUGCGACGGGGGAGGGUGGUGGUGACGUCGGGGCAAGGGGAGUUCGUGUGCAAGACAUGCGGCCGCGCCUUUGAGACGUUCCAGGCGCUGGGCGGCCACCGGACCAGCCACCUCCGCGGUCGCCACGGGCUGGAGCUCGGCGUCUGCGUCGCCAGGGCCAUCGGGGAGCGGCAAAGGCACGACGACAAGCAGCAACACGACUGCCACAUCUGCACACUGGGCUUCGAGACGGGCCAGGCGCUCGGCGGGCACAUGCGGCGGCACCGCGAGGAGAUGGCGCUCGACCGGUGGGUCGCGCUGUCGGAUCAGGAGGCGGGGCACCAGGCCGCCGCCGCCUACCGGCUGCCUGUCUUGCUCGAGUUGUUCGUUUAGCCUGUAGCUGGUUCUCUCGGUUUCUUCAUACCAGUACAAUCCAGGACUUGUAACCAUAACAUGUCUUUUGAAUCAGAUGGGUUACAAUAGAGUACGUUAUGCAGCUGGCUAGCAUUUCCCUUCA